UCUUUAGUUUAGACAUGACGCCAUCGUGGCUAAAUAUGAAUACCACUGCAGUGAACCAGUCUGACUGCCCAGAAGUGAAAGUCCCCUUCCCCAUCUUCUUCACCAUCGGUGUGGUGAGCCUGGUUGAAAACCUGCUGAUCGUAGUCGCCAUCAUAAGAAACAGGAACCUCCACUCGCCGAUGUACUGCUUUAUCUGCAGCCUGGCGGCCUUUAACACCAUCGCCAGCCUCAGCAAAACCUGGGAGAACCUGAUGAUUGUGCUGGCAGAGAACGGACACCUGAAGAAGACCGGAUCCUCUGAGACCAAGCUUGACGAUGUGAUGGACUCCCUGCUGUGCAUGUGCUUUGUGGGAUCCAUAUUCAGCUUCACGGCCAUUGCUGUGGACCGUUACAUCACCAUCUUCCACGCUCUUCAGUACCACAACAUCAUGACUAUGCAGCGUGUGAGGGCCAUCUUAGGACUUAUCUGGACUACAUGUGGGGUGUGCGCUGUGCUCAUGGUUAAAUUCUUCGAAUCAAAGUUCAUCAUGAUUUGCUUCAUCGUCUUUUUCUUCAUCUCCUUGGCGAUUAUCUGCUUCCUCUAUGUCUACAUGUUCAUUCUCGCUCGCAGCCACGCCAGGGAGAUUGCUGCUCUGCCGUCCAGCAGCAAGGGGAGGAGGAGUCGACGUCAGUGGUGGAGGGGCAGCAUGAGAGGGGUCCUGACUCUCACCAUCCUGUUCGGGACCUUAGUGGUAUGUUGGGCCCCAUUUUUCGUCCACCUGACCAUCCUCAUGGUGUGCCCCAUGAAUCCGUAUUGUGAGUGCUACCGCUCGCUGUUCGAGCUGCAUUUAUUGCUGAUGAUGAGCCACGCCCUCAUUGACCCGGCCAUCUACGCCUUUCGCAUGACUGAGCUCAGACACACCUUUAGGAAGAUGCUGCUCUGCUCAUAA